UAUUUAUAGUGCAAAAACAAUUAAUUGACUAAAUUAAAAAAAAAAUAUGGUGAAUUUUUAAAACAAGUAAUUCGAAAGACUGCAUAAGACAAAACAACACUACAUACAUAUAGCAGAGAGUAAAGCAGUGAAGAACAAGUGUAUCUACAACAGGGCUUUGGUUUCGAACCGGACAUGGACAUGAAUAUGGACAUGGACAUGUUUCCACGAAGCCGCCUCGGGCGCAUGCAUCAUGAUCCGUUCGGUAGCUUUGGCAACUCACCAGAUUUUGGCUUCCCUCAAUUCAAUUCGCUAGGACGUAGGCGUGCUGCCGAUCAUAUGGGUCGUGACGAUGACUUCUUCAAUCGGCUGCCAUCGGAAUUCCGCCAGUAUAUACCCGACGGUUUUGGUCACAGCCGACGUGGGGAAAGCGCCACAUUGCCACGGCAACAUAGCGCGCAGCAUUCACAACAGGUGCCAGUACAGGGUGGUAGUGGUGGUGGUGUCCCCCCUACAGCCUACUAUCAGUCAUAUGUGCCCGCUUCACCGCCCAAUGGCGGACCGCAAUCGCCUUCGAAGAAGCUCUGCGAUGCUGCCAUACAAACCGAAGAUCCCGCAAUGCGUACAGGCGGCGAUGAAGUUGACAGCGCUGCACCUCAGCAGCAUGGUGAUAGUCUAAAACAGCAUGGUCUACGCAACACAGUCGACAUGGGCGUCAAGUCCGCCUUAGAGUCAGAGCAUGAAGCACGCGCGCAUUCAGCGCCACCACAUGAACAGCAGCAACAACAACAGGUACCAGUAAAUGGCGGUAAACGUCCAACACCGCCACCCCAAGCCGGUCACUCACAAUUCGGCACACAAACUAGUCCACACGUGCAAGCUGGCGCCCAGCAACCGCAGCUGCAUAAGGCUUAUUAUGCUCCACAGCAUCAGCCGCACCCACAGCAACGACAACAGACGCCACCACCGCCUCAAACUCCAGGCGGCAGCUAUGUGCGCACUAUACCGAUCUUUGUCGAGGGUCGUUCCGAACCGAUCAUAAACGCUCACAAGGAAAUACCAAAUCAGAACGCUGCGCCUGGUCAAUCGCAGGCCACAGCUAGCGCAACGGCUAGAGCACAUGUGCCACCACAGCACCAACAGCCACAAUACCACCAGCAACAGCAGCAGCAUCAUCAGCCGCAACAGCAGCAACAACACCGUCCCACUCCAAUCAAUACUCAGCAGCAGCCGCAGCAACAAGGCGCUACCCAGCAGCCCACUGGCGUGCCACCACAAACUCCACACACGCUGGACUCGAUCAGCAAAAUUCAAGACAUUCAACGCGAUGUGCUCGAUCUCAUGGGCAAGGUUGAGAAGUUCACUGGCACACGCCAAGACAAAGAGUACGCCUAUCUCGAUGAGAUGCUGACGCGCAAUCUACUGAAGCUAGAUACAAUCGACACGAAUGGCAAGGACAGCAUUCGCUUGGCGCGCAAGGAGGCCAUCAAAUGCAUUCAGGCUUCGAUCAAUGUGCUCGAGGCGAAAGCGAACGAGAACACCAAGGCUGCUGAGCAGUCGGCAGAAGAUGAUGCAGCGCCACAAGAAGCAGCAGAAGCAGCGGGCGAACCAGAAGCGACUAAAGAGGCUGUGACGCGAAAGAGCGCCUCGAGAGAGAAAGUAGAGUCAGCUGUAGAAGCACCAGCGGCGAAAGCCAACGAGUCAGAGCCCGAGCCGGCUGAUGCAAAACAAAUUCAAGCACCCAUACCAUUGCCGCCACCAGAGGGCAUGCAAGUAAAUGAGGCAACAACAGGCGGUAGUGAGGCAAAGAGCGCGGAGACGAAUACACAAAACAGUGAGUCGGCUGGGGAGGUGAUAGUGGCUGAAGAAACGGCCAGUGGUGCGGUUGGAGAGGGUGCAACAACUGAGGUGUCAUCAAAGGAUGCGGCGGAGUCGAGCAAAUGAUGACUGAAACAGCAGCGCAGCUCUAACGGCGCCGUGAGGUCAUCCUCCUCCUCCUCCUCCUCGACCUACGCAGCUACAUUUUCAAAGCGUUUACAUAGCAUCACUAAACGAAAGUCUUAAAAAGGGCUCAGUUUCAUACAUCAAAAUAAAUGUAAAAUUCGUUGUGUUAGAAAUUUAACGAAAAAAUUAAGAAAAAAUACUUAUAUUAUCUAUACGUUUUUAUUUUAUGCCACAAAAAAAAAUUAAAUACUUUAGAAAAUAUUAAAAGAAAUGCUGCUGUUUCCGGAAGGAGUGCGCAUAAUUUUUAAGAAAAGUACAUAUAAUAUUCGUAAAUAAAAGUGAGUAGAUAGCGCGCAGAUGCUCGGUUACG